AUGAUAAACAAGGAGGAUGAGAUUUUUGUCCCUGACCAAAGAAGUACUGAGAUAAGGAGCACCAGAGUAGAAGACGAUCUUCAAAAAGGUGAUCUGGAGAAGCCGCUACCUCAUAUGGCUGAUCCAUUUUUCCUAGACCCAGAGCCAGAGGUGGAGAGUGAAGAGAUUAGGAAAGAAACUGGAGAACCCUCAGCUGGAGGUUCCGUGGGAACAUUGAAACGCAUGAAGCUGUUUCCUUACCGAGGGGAGGCUAAGAAGAAGAAGGAUGAUACCGAAGACUUUAUGGAGAUUUUUGGCAAACUGGAGAUAAACUUGCCGUUUCUGCAGGCUCUGAAAUUUCCUACUUUUAGCAAGUUCAUCAAGGAAUUCAUUGCUGGGAAAACCAAACCUGAUGGGAAGAUAGUGAUAGGAGAAAACGUGUCAGCUGUGAUACAAAAGAGAAGAAUGCCUUCAAAAUGCACAGGCCCAGGUAUGUUCACCAUACCUAUUUCCUUGGGUGACAUAAAGAUUGAACAUGUUGUGUGUGAUCUAGGUGCAUCAAUAAAUGUUUUACCGCUUUCAAUAUAUAAGAAGUUAAUAGGGGUUAGUCUGGUUGACACGAAGGUGGUAAUUCAACUGGCUGAUGGAACAUGCAUUUCCCCCAAAGGUGUACUGAAAAAUGUAAUAGUCAAAGUGCACGAUUUCCUGUAUCCUGCUGAUUUUCAUGUGAUAAAAAUGAGUGAUAAUGAAUCUGCUGAGUCUAGCGGCGUGCUUUUAGGUAGACCGUUUUUAUGCACCGCUAAGACUAUAAUUGAUGUGUUUGAUGGAACCAGAUGCCUGGAUUAUCAUGGGAAGAAAUACACAUUUAGGAUUGAUGAAGCUAUGAAAAAACCAUUGGAUGUUGAAAAUUUGCAUGCUAUCGAGGUUAUUAACCCCCUGGUCCAGGAAUAUCUUGAGACUGAGUUAAUGCAGGAACAGAUUGACAAUUCAGAAAUAAGCCACUCUAUUGAUAAGGAGGUAGUGGGUUGGUGUGAAGCAAUGCACACAAAAGAGUUGACAGACGAGGAGCUAGCCAAUGCUAUUUCGGAGUUUUGUAAGGAUCUGAAAUUAGCCAAUUCAAGGGGAUCAACCCAUGUGGCUAGUAUGGAAGAUUCUUCUAGGUCAGGGAAGGAAUUGAUAUCUAAUGCGACAGAGAAAAAUCCCUUGACCCAGGAAGAGAGUAUACCCAAGAAAGAAUUGAAAACGUUUCCGCCAGGUCUAAAGUAUGCAUAUCUAGAGGAGAAUGAGACAUAUCCAGUCAUCGUCAAUAGCAACUUGACCAAGGAACAAGAAAAGGAAGUACUGGAGGUGAUCAGAAGGAACAAGAAAGCUAAUGAUGGACUCUCUCAGACCUAG